UCUUGGUGGCCCUCCUCUGGACCUGCUCCAAGGGCUCCACAUCCUUCCUGUACUGGGAGUCCCAGGCCUGGACACAAUACUCUAGAUGGGCUUUGCAAGAGCAGGACAAUCGCCUCCCUCUGCCUGUUGGCCACCCCUUUUUUUAAUGCAGCCCAGAACAUAGUAUUUAAUUGGUUAUUUUCUAGCAAAUGCCAAUAGUCUGUCUGAAUUAAUUCCAAGCAGUCCUCUAGUAGAAUAGCAUAAAUCUGUAGGCUGUUGGCCUACCAUAUAAAAUGAAAUCGGACAAUAUAGCCAAACUGUAGCACAUCUGAAAACAUAAUUGUUAUUAAUCUCCUGUCUUGGUAAUUGCUUCAGUUAGUCAUACGACAAAUAGUCAGUCAUUCACUAUAUUCCAGCUAACCUACUGCUGCCUUCUGCUUUGGCAAUCAACCAUUUAUCUCUGCUUUGCCCAAGGAAAUGUGAUUUGUAAAUUCUUGGUGUAACUAGAUAACCCUGACCUUUGUCAUCAGUUUCUGAUACAAACAGAUACAUCCUCAAAGAAACAAAUUGAAUUUUCUUUUUCUACUUCAGCAUGAUAUUAUAAAAGCUUUGUAAUUCUUCAGUCUCUUUUAUGUAUUUAUAAUGCACAUUUGCAAAUGUUAUUUGAAGAAUAUUAUUAAUAUUGCGAAGUUAAGCAUGAAAAAUGACACAAACUGCUGCUCAGUUUAUAGUAGAGCAAUCUUCUUUGGCCAUUUUAUGUAUGAGCAUUAUGAUGCCAUCUUUAACUGCAUAUUAACACCGUUUCUUCACAAAGGGUUGCAGAUUGAACCCCUCCAGAUGCUGACUGUAAAGGAAGAAAUGAUAUUUCUAAUGAGCCAAGGCUCCAGCCCUGUGUGUUGUAGAUGCCAUACUGAUGCACAAACUAACAGUGAGAAGAUUUUCCUGUUCAGGCUGUGCAUUGUCCUGCCGUGGGGGUGCAGGGUGACUAAUCUUCAGCUGUUGCGCAUAGUCAGCAUUCCAGCUGCUUGUCUGAAAUCCAGUACUACAAGUAUCCAGGUGGCAGCAGCACAGAGCUCACAUGGGUUAAUUUUUCUUGCCAACAAUUCUCGUUAUAAGCUGGUCUGCUCCUGCUGCUGCGUACUAUACUUGGCUGCACCUGCUCAGAUCCACAUACCCAGUGCUGUGGUGACAACUGUCGUCAGUGAUUUUGUAUCUCACAGAGACUCUUUGAUCAAGAAAAGACUAUAUUUAUCGUUGGCAGCCAAUGCUUACAGUAAGCAUGUUUUAAAAUCAAAUUCUUGUUUAAUGAAGGGGAACACUGUGUUUGUCUUUUGAUAUUCUGAACCUGGGUUUAUCACUGCUUAGAGUACAUGACAGGCUUUGAAAAAUGAAACUGCUAUGGCUUUCCUUUCUGUGGUACUGAUACUGGGACUGCAAAUAUUAUGAAGUUAUCCCUGGAGGAGUUAGAGCUCUUGUAGUAAAGGCAAUACCUUUGAAUCUUUUACUUUAAAAUUCUGCAUGUAUUCUCCAUUUAUUUGGAGGAGAGUAUAUGGUUCCACUAAGCCAUGCUCAUAGUGAUAUAUCUGAAAUGAAAUAAUUUAUCCAAGCAUUUUUGAAGUCAGAAAAAUUAUAAAGAGAAAAAAGAACCUCAGAGAACCCUGCACUGGUAAACCUUUAACUGAAAGUGGCAUAUCCAGGAAGUAAGUAAAUAAGAACCAAAAGUGCAAGGAAAGGGGAAUGUUAAGAAAAUAGAAAUGUUGGUGGCUCUGUCCUCCAGUUUAGAAGAAAAUAUAUCACAGUGACUCAAGCCUGACACCAAAGAGAUUUCCCUUAAAAUUUGCAGUAAAAAAAUAGCUGAUAAUGGUGGUCUCUGGACUUCCAAAAAUCUGCUUUUUCCUUCUUUUUUUCCUUUUUUUCCUUCUGCUGAAGUUUUUACAAUAAAAUUAUACCAAUCAGAGCUGC